AUGAAAUGCCAGACAUGUCACUUGCCACUGCAACUGGACCCGUCUUUACAAGGUCUUAGUUUAACUCAACGAAAUUUACUGCUGUCGAACAAUACAAUUGCUACGGCCACGAAUGAAAACAUCAUUUCUAAUGAUAACAGCGAAGUAAACGACAGUUGUACACUACAGAUACCGGAGGAGAGACUGAAGCGGCUAAGGGAGGUUCAAAACAUAAAAGAGUUGAAUUUAAAAGGUGAUAAAUUGACCACUGAUUCAUUUGUCUUCCUAAACCACGAUGACGAUAAUGCUACUCAUACGGACCAGAACACAAAUAAUCAAGAUUCAGAUGAUGAAAAUGGUGAUAAUAACAAGAAGGCUAAUAGUGAUGCAUCCAACCGAAACAGCACCUUUCGAGAUCAUGAAGAAGAGGAGCAAGAAGUCACAGAUGAGGACGAAAACCAACAAAUACAAUUGAAUUCAAAGACUUUGUCCACCCAAGUCAAUGCAGUGACCAACGUAUUCAACAUUUUGUCGUCUCAAACAAAUAUAGACUAUCCUAUUUGUCAGGACUGUUGCAAUCUUUUAAUACAUAGGCUGAAAAGUGAGUAUGAUGAUGCAAUUAAAGAAAGAGAUACCUACGCUCAAUUUUUAUCAAAGUUAGAAACUCAGAAUAAGGAAAUAUCAGAAACUAUUAGCCAGAAGCAGUCCUCCAAUCUUUCAGAAAAUGAAAGUUUAAAGAAGGAGAAAAAAAGGCUUUUAGAACAAUUAUUGCGUCUGGAAGCUACAGAUAAUGAUCUAGAUGAGGAGCUAACUCGUUUACAGGAGAGGAAAGUGAGCUUAGAAGAUGAAAAACUACAAAAACUGAGAGAUCAGAAUUUAAUGGAUUUGAACAACAUCCAAUUCAAUAAGAAUUUACAAUCAUUAAAAGUGCAAUACGAGUUGUCCCUAAAUCAAUUAGACAAAUUAAGAAAGAUCAAUAUAUUCAAUGCUACUUUCAAAAUAUCACACAGUGGCCCCUUUGCCACUAUAAAUGGAUUGAGAUUGGGCAGUAUCCCAGAAACAGUAGUACCUUGGAAGGAAAUCAAUGCAGCGCUGGGUCAACUAAUUCUUUUGCUGGCUACCAUAAAUAAAAACCUGAAGAUAAACUUAGCGGACUAUAAGUUACAACCGAUGGGUUCAUUUUCAAAAAUUAAAAAAAGAAUAUCCAACAAUAUUGAAAAUAACAACUCCGCCGUGAAUCCUCCCGGCGAUUGGUUAAUUCUACCUGUCUAUAACGACGAAAAUUUCAAUUUGGGGAAAAUUUUUCACAAGGAGACCAAGUUCGAUAAAUCCUUAGAAACAACACUAGAAAUAAUAAUACAGAUAACUCAGCAACUUUCUACAAUAGCGUCAUCAUUGUCAAGUCGAACAAUGACGGCAAGCCAGGAUGGAAAUUCAAUAAAUGACGAUCACACCGAUAAUGACACAUCAAUCCUAGAACUGCCCUACAUUAUGAGUAAGGAUAAAAUAAACGGAUUAUCCGUUAAAUUGCAUGGUAGCAAUCCAAACCUUGAAUGGACAACGGCUAUGAAGUUUUUAUUAACAAAUGUUAAGUGGUUGCUGGCGUUUUCUUCCAAUUUAUUAUCCAAGUCAAUCACUUUAAGCCCCACAAACAAUAAUAAUGAUACGACAGUCUUUAGCAGUUGA